GAUCACGUGGCAGGGAGGCGGUGGCGGGAUGGCGCGCGGGUGCGGGGCUGUCCCCGCCGCGCUGGUGCUGUGCGCGGCCGCCUGGAGCUGUGCCGCGGGGCUGGCCCUGGAGCGCGACCAGCCGUUCCGCGCGCCCCCGGGAUGGACCCACGGCGGCCGCGUGGACGCGGGACACGAGCUGUGGCUGACCUUCGCCAUCCGGCAGCGAGGCGUGGGACGCCUCGCCCGCCUCGUCGAUGCCGUCUCUGACCCGCUCUCGCCAGCCUACGGCAAGUACCUGUCCCUGGAGCAGCUGCGGGACCUUGUCCAGCCGUCCCCAGCCACGUUCAUGGCGGUGCUGAAGUGGCUGCAGGGCCACGGGGUCCACAAGUGCCAGAGCGUCACCACCCUUGACUUCCUGGAGUGCCACAUGCCAGCCAGCACGGCCGAGAGCCUCCUGCCAGGGGCCGAGUUCCACCGGUACGUGAAGGGCCAGCGCAGCGUCGUGCGCUCGCCGCUGCCCUACACCGUCCCUGAGGAGCUGGUGCAGCACAUCGACUUCGUGGGGGGUCUGCACCGCUUCCCUGCCGAGAGGAAGGUGGUCAGCAGGGCCUGGGCCAAGAAGGAGAUGGAGCCGAGGCAGCAGCACAGAGGCAAAGCAGCUUUCCACCUGGGUGUGACACCAUCCAUCAUCCGCAAGAGAUACAACAUGACGGGGGCAGACGUGGGGCUGCAGCCCAACAACAGCCAGGCCUGCGCUCAGUUCCUGGAGCAGUUCUUCCACCAGGCCGACGUGGCCGAGUUCAUGCGGCUCUUCGGCAGCAGCUUCACACACCGCUCCCAGGUUGACCGAGUGGUCGGGCACCAGGGCACGGGCACGGCCGGGCUGGAGGCCAGUCUGGACGUGGAAUACAUCAUGAGCACCGGUGCCAACAUCUCCACGUGGGUCUUCAGCAACCCAGGGAGGCACGAGAGCCAGGAGCCCUUCCUGGCCUGGCUGCUGCUGCUCAGCAACAUGUCAUCCGUGCCCUGGGUGCACUCGGUGAGCUACGGGGAUGACGAGGACAGCCUGUCCGUGGCCUACAUGCAGCGUGUGAACACCGAGUUCAUGAAGGCAGCGGCCCGGGGCCUCACCAUCCUGUUUGCCUCAGGUGACGACGGGGCCGGCUGCAGGAGGGUGUCCGGGGGGAACCACACGUUCCGUCCCAGCUUCCCAGCCUCCAGCCCCUACGUCACCACUGUGGGUGGGACGGCCUUCAAGAACCCCUUCCUGGUGACCGCCGAGGUGACGGAUUACAUCAGCGGGGGCGGCUUCAGCAACGUCUUCCCCAGGCCCAGCUACCAGGCUGCUGCUGUUGGGCGUUUCCUGCGCUCGGCCUCGAAGCUGCCCCCCAGUUCCUACUACAACAGCAGCGGCCGAGCCUACCCUGACCUGGCCGCCCUGUCCGACAACUACUGGGUGGUGACGAACCGCAUCCCGCUGCCCUGGGUGUCGGGCACCUCGGCCUCCACGCCCGUGGUGGGGGGGAUGCUGGCGCUCGUCAACGACCUGCGGCUGCAGCGGGGGCUCCCGACGCUGGGCUUCCUCAACCCCGUGCUCUACCAGCUGCAGGAGCAGGGACACGGCGCUGCGCUGUUCGACGUCACGGAGGGCUGUCACCUGUCCUGCCUGGACGGCACGGUGCAGGGCCGCGGCUUCUGCGCGGGCCCGUCGUGGGACCCGGUCACGGGCUGGGGCAGCCCCGACUUCCCGCGGCUGCUGCGCGCGCUGCUGCCGCCCUGACGCCGCCGGGGGGCGCGCGGCCAAUAAAGCGCGCGGCUCCGCCCA